AUGGAGAUGAUGGACAACGUCUCUUCACACCAGAGCUUCAUUCUAAAUUGUUUUGAUGAACUCGGAGCGCUGAGGCCCGUCCUCUUCAUCCCAUACUUCUCCAUGUUGGUCCUCUCACUGUUGGCCAAUACUCUGCUGAUCUACGUUAUAGUUUCACAGAAGAACCUCCACUCACCGAUGUACAUCCUGAUCGCCGUCAUGGCUGGAGUCGACCUCAUCAUCCCGUUCUUCUUCAUCCCCCACAUGUUGUUGAGUUUCCUGUUGGACUGGAGGGGAAUCUCUGUGACCGCCUGCUUUGUGCAGAUGUUCUUGAUUCACUCUGUUGGAACAUUCCAGGCCACUAUAUUGGUCUGGAUGUCUCUGGACCGAUACUUCGCCAUCUGUACGCCCCUUCGCUACCAUGAAGUCAUGACAUUGUCACGAUUCAUGAAGUUUGUGGUCCCACUUGUGGUCAGAAACUUCUUCUUGAUUAUGUUGUUUGUGAUUCUGGCGGGAAAGUUGUGGUUCUGUGGUGGAAACAUGAUAAACCACUGUUUCUGUGAACACAUGCCGGUGGUGGCGAUGGCCUGUGGAUCCACCGCCGUCAACAGCCUGGCUGGACUUGUGGCUCUGGUCCUCAUCCCUGUUGUUGACUUCAUCAUCAUCAUUGUGUCCUAUGUGAUCAUCUUCAGCUCUGUGCUGAGGUCGGGCCAGUCAGCGGCCAAAGCUCUUCACACAUGUGUCACUCAUAUUAUAGUAAUGACGGUCACGCUGGUCGUUGCUCUAGUCGCUUUACUGUCACAUCGAGUCAGAAAUAAGGUUCCUUCAGCUGUUCAGGUUUUCUUAAGCACCAUGAUUUUCUUGUUGCCAUGCUGUUUCAACCCGAUCAUCUACGGCAUCAGAACCACAGAGAUACGACAGAACAUGCUGAAGACACUAAGCCGCUGUCGAAUUGAUGCAACUGACCAGUUCAUCCUUCAGGUGUUCAGAAAACCCAUCGACGAACACACCCUGGAAAAAAAAACAGGAUCUGAAAUUCCUGAGAGAACUCCAACAACGAUCUGGUUCCCUGAUGGGGAUACAGUAGACGGGACGACACCUCCUUACCCCAGACGGGAAGGUCAAGAACCUCCUCAACUCAGCCAUGCUGCCAGCAGUUGCCUGCUGCUUGGAUAUACCAGUCAACAAGCAAACUUAGCAUUAUCUCUGGGGCUGCAGUCGGUGUUGGAGGCUCAGCCGGGGCUGCAGUCGGUGUUGGAGGCUCAGCUGGGGCUGCAGUCGGUGUUGGAGGCUCAGCCGGGGCUGCAGUCGGUGUUGGAGGCUCAGCUGGGGCUGCAGUCGGUGUUGGAGGCUCAGCCGGGGCUGCAGUCGGUGUUGGAGGCUCAGCCGGGGCUGUAG